GAUAAGUCCCCUUGUGGGACCCCUUCUUUUUUCAAGUGGCAACAGUUCUCUCCUUUCGUUUUAGAAAAAGGUUUCAUCGUUCGUUUUAUAUAGAAAUAUUGUUAACAGUUUCAACCCUCAUUUACGCCUGGGGAUAUUUGAAGUUAAAGAAAAUCAAUUUAACACGAAUAAAUAUAUGUAUUUAAAUCAAAACUUUUAACCGCAAGUUCAUUACGGUUAAAAGUUUACGUGUUUUAGUGCGGCUUUGACCGUUGACGCGAGCGCAAGCAGGGGUACGCACCUCCGCUACGAAAAUGAAUGAUACGUCAAAAAAGUUGAAGUGUGCUAACCGUAACAUCGUAAUAUGUGAAGUGUUGGCCUUUGUUCAAAACAAAUUAGACGUUAUGGAUGAACAAGGUCUUAUCCAAAUAUGUGAAAGUGCUUUUAGUACAGCGGAUAUUGAUUUAGCGAAGUCGUUACUGUUUGAAUCUUUGAGUAAGCGGUCGACGACACGAAAGGGACAAGGAAAAACCUUUAGAGAUUUAAAAGAUAUUAUAUGUUUAUUCAAGGAAACUGACCCUGAAAAGAUUCCAAUGUUUGUGGCCAAAAAAUUAGAAAAAUUACCACCCGUUACAUUCGAUCACGUCGAUAUCACAGCCCUGCUUAAAAGAAUAGUAUUGCUAGAACAAUGUACACGAGAUUUUAAACAUCAAUAUGCUACUAAAAUUGAUUUGAACGAUCGAAUUAGUGAUACUAUAUCGAGUAUAAAUCAAGAAAGAAAUGUAAACAUGCAAAAAAGAGGUGUAUUUAAAUUGUUUAACAGUGGGCCGAUGGCAUUACCCACAUUGUCUGUAGUUACAGAUGAUUCACUCUGUAACGAACACAGUAUCGAUAUGAGUCCUGCAACUCUUUCCCACACGCAACAGUCGCCGUGUGCCGCCGAGUAGCCGACAUGAGCAAUAUUAUCAAGCGAGCAUAAUGCUAGAGGGAGUGAGAUCAUAGAUGGACACAUGCAAAUUCCAAUAAACGAGUCAGGCGAGAGAGGGAAUGUAGGCUUGUGGGUGUCAUAUACGCGCCGAGCCUACUGUCCUGAGAGUACAGUACAAAAACACUUUCAGGAUGUUGUUGCGGUUGCCGCAGCGUUGUUGUGCUUCGAAAAUGUUUGCAGAGGCUUAUACAGAUGGCUUUCAUGCCAUUAUGCGCAAGAAAGCGGCUUCGUUACUUCAACGCUUGCGUAACAGUCGGAACGGCAUCCUGACAGCGAUUGUUGAACGACCAGACUGCCCAAUACAAAGACAUUGGGUGGAGCUGGCCUUAGGUCUAAAAUGUUAAUUUACUAACAGUACUAACAUAGAAUAAAAUCUUAUUGUUACUAACUUACAACUAACAACUUAUGGACGUCUGUAAAAAAAAGUCUGAAAUAAAAUGUUAUUAUUAUUAUUAUUAUAAAACCCUCUACGGAGCACUUUCACUGAGGAAGAACCCGGGAUCCUUCAAGAAGAACUCCAGAUUAUUGUGUUCGCUCCGAUAUUUCAUCGACCAUAUAAAGACUGAAACGAAAACAUUUCACCCCUUACGAAAAUUGCAUGGACAGAGAAGUAUAAAAUUUUAUAAUUUUACUUAUACUAUAACGGAUUAAAUAAAUAUAUAUAUAUGUCGCAUCUUUACGAAGAUCGCUUGAUUUAGUUUCUUUUAUUUUAAUUGCCAGUUACUCGAUUACUCGAUUGUAAAGCGAGCGUGAUCAUCGAUACUUUUAAUUUUAUUAGAAUGGUGACACUGACUUUGACAGUUCGUUAACAAAAAGCAAAUUGACGCCAUUUUGGCACACACUCUGUUUCCGAUCGCCGAGAAGUAAAGACAUCCUACGACAUCACGCUCAUCUCGUUAUAUUUUCGUAUGAAAAGUGAUAAAAUGGGACAAAUCCACGUUGGUAUACACGCCUGCAGUGUUAUUUUAAAGAUAGUCCUACGAUAUGGACCAUCUAUUUGGGCUUCGUAAUAGGCCCUUCUGACUACACGCCGACAUAUAUAUUAAAUCUAUAUUAAUAUGAAUGUGUGUGUAUGUAUUAUGAAUAAUAAUUCAUAAUACAAACAGAUUCUCUAUUUUUGUUGAUUUUGCAAAUAAAUAUCUAGUCGUUGUUUAUGACGUUAAAUACAGACUGCUUUCGAAAUUCGCUACUAAUUAAUUACAUUGGUACCUAUACUAGAAGGGACGAAAGUCAUGCUACGAAAAGAGUGAUGGGUAUGCAUGUGGAUGGAUAUGUGAGUAGAGGCAGACCGAAGAAAAGAUGGAUCGACUGUGUGAAAGAGGAUAUGAAUAAGAAAGGUGUGCAUGUGGAGCUGACGUCUGACAGAGAAGAAUGGAAGAAGAAAACAUGUUGUGCCGACCCCACGUAACGUGAGAUAAAGGCCAGGAGGAUGAUGGUACCUAUACUUUCAAAUACAAUUGUACAAAAAGUAAUAGUAAAUUUAC